GCCCUUCGGUGCCGCCCUUUCCCGCAGCCCCUGAUAGAGAGGGGUAUUAAAGGGCCCUGGCUGAGCCCCGGUGGACUCUUCUGGCCAGGAUGCUGAGGCUGCUGAUCCCCGUUCUGCUUGCAGCUGGGGCCCUGAGCUGCGGGACGCCCAUCUACGCCCCCAGCACCCGGGUGGUGAAUGGAGAGGACACCGUGCCGCACAGCUGGCCCUGGCAGGUGAGUGAAUCCAGCUCGUCGUUCCGCCACACCGGCGGGGGGACCCUCAUCGCGCCCGCCUGGGUCAUGACGGCGGCUCACUGCAUCUCGGCCUCGCGCACCUACCAGGUGGUGCUGGGUGAGCACGACAGGAGCGUAGCCGAGGGCACGGAGCAGCACAUCCCCGUCAACUCCCAGGACAUCUUUGUCCACCCUGGCUGGAACUCCUUCUGCGUGGCCUGUGGGUAACCCUGUCUCCAAUGCCUGCUCAAGCUGUCCCGGGACGCGACGCUCAGCGACUCCGUGCAGCUGGGCUGCCUCCCGCCCCCCGGCCAGGUCCUGCCCAACGACUAUCCCUGCUACGUCACCGGCUGGGGGCGCCUCUACACGAGCGGGCCCCUCUCUGACAA